UUAGCACAGAGAGCAAUCAACUCGACGGGAUACUACACAAACUGUUCUUGAAAACUGCUCCUUUUAAAUUCGUCGCUGAUAGGACCUAUCUGGAUUUCAUUUUUUUUCUGGCAUUUGGUUCAAGCCCGUCCCCGUGAAUGGCCAUGGGGAGGAGCUAACUCAGAACUUUGUGGUUCGCUGAGAGACUUCCAGUGAGUGAAACACUUGUUUGAAAAUGAAGCAGCAGCCUUGCUGGAACGCUGCGUGUGAGCUGCUCCACAGAACCACAAUGAGGUAUCUUUGUGUACAGUGAAGCAGAUCAAAACAGGAAAGUUGCUGCAUGUUAAUGGGAGGUGAGAUCUCCUUGCUUUUGGUGUGUGAACUUGUUUUGUCCAGGAAUCCCAACGGAACAUUAAAGGAAAUUGCUUUCAGAAAAGAAAUUCUCUUCGGUUUGUCAUUCGGAUUCUGAGAGAGUGUUGGGGAAUUCUUAAACUGUUGUUACAGACUCGGUAAUCUCUAGAAAGGAUGCACAGUGUGGCUAGUUGCAGUGCAUCCCUGGGAUCUCUGGGAUUGAUGCAACUCUUUGGGGUUUCCUGGACCUGGAGUAUUGCUGCAAGCUUUGGCAUUUAUCUGGGAAGUGGAGGAUGGAGAUUUAUUCGGAUACUGUUAAAAACCGCACCAAGAGAUCUCUUUGGUCUGAUGUUGCUGCUGAGAGUUAAGUUAGCUGUGUGGAAACACCAACGAGAAGACAGCACCAUCCCGAAGAUCUUUCAAGAUACAGUGCAGAGACAUCCAGAUAAGGUGGCCCUCAUUUAUGAAGGGGUUGACGAAAAGUGGACUUUCAGGGAUCUUGAUGAGUAUUCCAAUGCCGUGGGCAACUUUCUGCGGGAGCAGGGCUAUGGUCCAGGUGAUGUCAUUGCGUUGUUCAUGGAGAGCAGGCCGGAGUUUGUCGGUCUGUGGCUCGGCAUGGCUAAAGUCGGAGUGGAGGGCGCACUGCUUAACUUCAAUCUCCGCCUCGAUGCACUCACUCACUGCCUGUCUGUGUCGGGGGCCAAAGCCAUUAUCUUUGGUGCAGAGAUGAGUGAUGCCCUGCUAGAAGUGAAUGGGAUCCUAGGGAAAAAGGUUCGGAGAUUCUGCAGUGGAAGCUGGGAUCCAAGCAAAGUUGCAGCUGGCACGGAGCACCUCGAUCCACUGCUCAGUGCAGCUUCCAAAUACCCACCGUCUGCUCCAUCUGAAAUUGGCUUCAUGGAUCGCCUUUUUUACAUCUACACAUCUGGCACCACUGGUAUGCCUAAAGCUGCCAUUGUCGUACACAGCAGGUACUACAGGAUGGCUGUGUUUGCUUAUUAUGGGUUCCGAAUGCGGCAUGAUGAUAUUAUUUAUGACUGCCUACCCCUGUAUCAUUCAGCAGGCAAUAUAGUGGGUGUGGGACAGUGCCUGCUGCAUGGCCUGACUGUUGUGAUCAAAAAGAAGUUCUCAGCCAGUCGAUUCUGGGAUGACUGUGUGAAGUACAACUGCACUAUUGUCCAGUACAUUGGCGAGAUCUGCCGGUAUCUCCUUAACCAACCGGUCCGCCAGGCUGAAACCCAGCACCACGUCCGUAUGGCGAUUGGUAAUGGCUUGAGACCCUCUGUCUGGGAGUCCUUCACCAGCCGCUUUCGCAUCAAGCAAAUGGCAGAGUUCUACGGGGCAACAGAGUGCAACUGUGCCAUCGCCAACCUCGACGGCAAGGUAGGGGCCUGUGGCUUUAACAGCCGUAUUUUGCCCCAAGUCUACCCUAUCCGUCUGUUGAAGGUUAAUGAAGACACGCUCGAGCUUAUCCGGGGCCCCAAUGGGCUGUGCAUCCCCUGCAAACCAGGUGAGCCUGGGCAGCUGGUAGGCCGCAUUAACCAGCAGGACCCCCUUCGCCGGUUUGAUGGCUACGCCAAUGAGUCGGCCACAAGCAAAAAGAUUGCUUACAACGUCUUUAAGAAAGGAGACAGCGCUUACCUGUCAGGUGAUGUUCUGGUUAUGGACGAGCUCGGGUACAUGUACUUCAAGGACAGGAGCGGCGACACUUUCCGGUGGCGAGGGGAGAAUGUUUCAACCACAGAGGUGGAGGGCUGCCUGAGUCACCUCCUGAACAUGACUGAUGUGGCAGUGUACGGGGUGGAAGUGCCAGGUAUCGAAGGGAAGGCUGGAAUGGCUGCCAUCGCUGAUCCCGACAACAAAAUCGAUCCUGACCUCUUCUACCAGGACUUGAUAAAGGUGUUACCCCCGUAUGCCAGGCCAGUCUUCCUCCGCAUCCUCCCUGUUGUGGACACCACAAGUACUUUCAAAAUCCAGAAGACAAGAUUGCGAAAGGAAGGUUUUGACUUGCAUCAGACAAGUGACAGACUCUACUUCCUGGAUUCCAAACUGGGGAAGUACAUCCACCUUGACAAGAAAGUUUAUGACACUAUCCUGGCUGGAAAUUACCACCUAUAGUUUAAGAGAGCGAGUACUGGGGAGCUAACACUGUUUUUUUUAAAUUACCUGGAAAAAGGUGAAGGGAGGGCUUGACUUAUAUGAAGAGUUGAGUCCAAACCUCCCCGGAGCAAGGAAACAAAAGGCCCUGUGAAAUGAAACUCCACUUCGCCAAGUUUAGAGAGCUGGGUGUGAUCCCUUCUGAGUACUCUUUGUCACAUAGAGCAAACUCUGGUUUCUCAAAGUGAUUGUUGGAAUGGCUCUAAAGUUGGGCUGUAAUCUACACUCAGUGCCCACUGUUCCAAUGUCCUAUCAAGAAUUCAUAAAUUAGGAGAAACAAUACUGAUGCUAGAGGAGGAGGGAUGGACAGAUUCAAUUCCUUUUCAUGAAGUUGUUAAACUUCCAUACAGCCUACUUCACCCACUCCAUUGUGCCCUUGCAAAUGUGCCGCGCUCACAGAGUCCAGGCGAUGCACUGUUGUUAACUCUCUACAGGAACACUGGUUUCAAACGUGAACAUUAACAAUUUUCUCUCCCUUCCCCCUCACUCCAGUCAGCCCACAGCCAACCAUUCUGUGUUAAACCUCCAACCUCUCAUUAUCUGAUUUUUAAAAAAUUAAUUUAUGUGCUCUUGCGAUCACAGAGCGGUCACUAUACAGACGGAAGCCCCACUCAUGGUUAUUGUCACCUUGUGCUCCCUUCCUCCUUCCAGCCUGACCACUGAACGUGGCUUUCUCGCAUGUAACUGCAAGUGGUUGGGGAGACGUUUUAGUGUUGUUGCAGGGAGGUGAUUGAGAUCCUGUGGCCCAGAUUGCCCCAGGUGAAUUCUUCACAACAAUGAGUGUGGCUCAUUAACCUGUUACGACAGUGUCUGCACAUUCACUGCGCUGUUUUGAGAGGGGCUAAUUAAGGCUUCACUCACUAUUUCAGUGGUCUGCAGCUGGAAACUAAACAGAUUUCUUCCUUAAAAUGUUUAGGGCAUUAAUGCUCAACGUGGCCAACUACAUUUUCUCAGUGUAUGGUGAAUGGAAACAUUGAAGGGAAAUGAUUUGUUGAGUUUGAAGUGGUUUGACCAGAGUUCUUGCCAGUCAAUCCCUUUGAAUUCCAACAUCAAUUGAUCAACAACAGAUGAAAUACAUACACUAAUGGGGGCUUAUAUGAUUUGUGUGUUGAAACAAAAUAUACCCUUUGUUCUUGCCCAUCAUUUCCUUCCCCCACCCCGUUUUCUGUUUGCCACUCAUGAAAACUCCAAAACUAUUACCUGAACACUUUUUAAAGUUUUAAAAUAAUUUUGUGUUAAAUCGGGGUAAUCUCAUUAAUCUGCACCCACAUUUUGGCAGACAAAAGCAAACUUUCCAUUUAUGGUUAACAAAACCUGACCUGCUACGUCAGGGACCACAGUCCCAGCAGUUCUCCACUCUGGGGUCAGUCCCUGGCGUUGCCACAUGACGAGGUACCCUAGUUACAGUGUGUAUAUCUGCCUUCCAGUCUCCACAUAGUGAGCUUUGAAUUCUGCCUUUGCCACACUACGUAGGCAUUGACUGGAAGAUUAGGCUCUGUCCUGGUGGAAGGUGGGAGGUGGAAGUGGGUUAAAGUAAGGGAAAGUAAAAGUGUUCUGGUGUAUGUUUGAUUGCUCUGGGACUGUUUCACUCCCUAAUAGAAUGAAUUUGCAGUUCCCCUCGGUAGACAAGAUGGGCAAACAAUGCUGAUUCCUCACCCUGGCACCAACUCCAGAACAGAAGCUGCUGUAAACACAGGCCCAGUGACACCUGGAACAGAACUACACUAAGAGCACAGACAUUGAAGGGAAAUGCUGCCAUUAGCAUUUGCUAUCACUGUUACUUUAAAUGUUUCCUGACAAACCAAGCCCUGGGCUAUGCAUUACUAUUACAUCAGUUAAGUUAGAAUAGCUCAGUUGAAGCAUAUAAAUGCUAGUGUAGAUUUGCCUCUGUUCUUCUCCCCCCUCUCUACGUCCAUCAGAGAUACUUCCGCCUAAUGAUUCCCUGCUCCGUCCCGAUUCCCUGAUCCAUCCCAAUUCCUAGCUAACUCCUUGUUGGUAAGAUGUUCUUCACUCAUGUGUGGGAUUUUGAUUGCUGUCACUUGAUGCAGAAUCUUGUGAACCGAUAUUUAGACUUGGCUUCCUCUCUGGCAGGAGUAGUAACCGGACAGUAAUCAGGAAUGGUACAGCCUAUCUGGAACCUCCCCCACCGACUACCCCCUAAUUCAGGGUCACAGGGUUCGUUGGAUGUGCGAUUGAUGCUAUCCUCAUCACAGUUGGCUAAUUCCACACAACGGGGACCAACUGCUUUAAAUAGACCAGCUAAGUCAGUGCUGUGUUCUCUCUAACCAUUCACAGUCUGGCCAUGCUUUGAGCAGCCUUGUUUUCAUGAAACAGAAUUAUCUCUGGUCGCUGAUACCCCCUCAACUGUUAACUGUCAGCAUGUUUCCCCCACUCGCCAAGUAACUGAGUCAGCAAAGUGUUUUCGAGGUCAGUGCAAGACUAGUCUCAAUCUGAAAGGAGCAGUGAGCAAUGGGAGGUUUCUUACGGAUGGUGCAAAUGAUUUCGUGUGAGGCUCAGCGAGAUAGCAGUGUGCUGCAUCAUAGGAAACUCUUUAAUUGUUACAUUUAGGAACCCGCACAAGAGUCUAGUUUGUUAAAAUUUGUCAAGUCUUGCACCGCAGCCUGUCUGCCCGGCAACAGCACAGCCUCACCUGAAGAAUGGCCUGUGCGAGGCCCUGUUGUUAUUUUCCUAAGGGUGAGGACAUUAGCAGGAGGCUCACAGCAUCCUUGCUGCAAUUCAGUACCCACAAAUAACCCAGCAUCCCUUCUGCUCGUCCCUAGACCCGAAACAUGGCAGGGGACCAACAGAACAUGCCUGGGACAUGGGGAAAGAAAGGGGUUGGGGGGAGCUGGAGCUGGAGAUGGAGAUUAAGGUUCCAUCUCCUAAAUUGCCCAGGGUUUUAUUAAAGGGGAGAGAUGGGCAGGACAAAGUCAGAGCCCAGGCCCCAUUGUAUGGACCAAGCUCCAAAGCUCCUGCCUAUACUUUCCUCACUUCUACUUCAUAGACAGUAUUAGUGGCAGCAGGGUUACAGAAUGUUUCUAUGGGUACACCUUUUGGUCCAUUUUAAUUAUGCUUGUGUGUCACUAUUAGAACCUAAACUCUGGAAUUAAAGGGAUUUUAUUUUUAGCAAAAUCUUGGUAAUUUAUGAAUCUAAUGCAAGACUAGUCAAAGGCACUAGGAAUGAGUUCUGAAAACUAACAGCCUUUAAAGAAAUAUAUUUUCUUAAUAUACAGAAUGUGAAAAUUCUCAUAUAAGGAAUAUUAAAAGCUCAUAGGAUUUGUCUUGUUCUGGUUUAUCUGCUGUGAGGAUGCUAUUGGAAAGUACAGAUUUGCUGUAGGGCUCAGCAGAAUUAAAGUGCAUUUCAAUUUCCUAAUAUCUUUGGAUUUUACCAAUUGGAGAAGCACAAAUGAAACUUUUUAACAGGAACAAUGUAUUUGAACCACCUGUUAAUGAGUGAAUAUUGGGUGCUCUGACUCAAACAAUGGUAUACAAGGUAAGAAACCUUGAUGUUUAAAAGUAACGAGAGUGAUGCAUAAAUCUGAAGCAGUGGUUUUGUUAAGAGUAUCAGUUUCUGUCCAUGUCACAGAUUGGUGCAUUACGUUAAUUUUCCUCGACAUGUUUUAACCAUAUUGGUCACACCUGCCUAUACCUGUGGACAUGUUGCAGUACCAGAGUGUUGUAUUCUUCUGUCUUACUUGGUAGAAGUGCCAUUAAACAUUGUGUGCCUUAAGUGUUCACUGUGUGAGGGUGAAGAUUAUUUUUGGCUAUGGAAUGGUACCCAAAUGGUUCAGAAGGAGGAGGAAGCUGAAUUUAUCAUGGCAGAAGUGGGAUUUCAACAGACGUUAGUUCUAAUGUCACAUUUAGAGACAUUAACCGUGUUCACUGGCACCACUCUCUCAGGUAAAUAUACUUUGUAUACAUUACAAUCUGCAAUAUGCAAUAUGCCUUAAACACACAUUCUAUUUGACUAAGGAAUAGUGACUCUAUGGGAUUACAAUACAAAUUUGAGUCCAUACACUAAUCCCUAAAAUAUGAGUGAUUACCAGCAGAUUCUCUUUUGAGAAACAAGCUGGAUGCACACUGUCAAACACAUUUGAGUGUUUUCAUUUUAAUUAAAAUGGUAAAUGCCUUGUUUUGUACGGUACAACAGUGACUGCUCUUCAAGAAGUAUUUAACUGGUUAUGAAUCACAUCUUUCUCCUUUCACCUUAAAACUAUGCCCCCGUGUUUUGAACUCCCCUACUGUAGGGGAAAGACCUUUGCUAUUCACCUUAUCUAUGCCCCUCACGAUUUCAUAAACCUUUGUAAGGUCAUCCCUCAAUCUUUUCAGUAGAGAAAAUUCCAGUUUAUCCAGCCUGUUUUUACACCUCAAACCCUCCAUUCCCAGCAAUAUCCUGGUAAAUCUUUUCUUAACCAUCUCGAAUUUAAUAAUACCAUUCCUAUAACAGGGCACCUAGAACUGGACACAGUACACCAGAAGAGGCCUCAUGGGUGAUAUCACAAAGGUGGAAGUACACAGCCUCGAUGGAGUUGAUAUGGAUUUGGAAACUGCAACAUCAAGUGCAAAAUACAGGUUCAACAUCAAACAGCAGCCAGGGAAGAGGCAAGGACUGAAGAGCGAAAAAUUCUCUUCCUACAUGAAGUUUUGUCUGAUUUUGAACCACUGCCCACAUGUUACCUAGUGCUCUGUAUCCACCACACUCAAUGCACAGUGCUUUGAGAUAUUCUGUAAAAUAUUCUGAGCACGGUGGCUCAGUGGUUAGCCAUGCUGCCUCACAGCACACGGGGCCCGGGUUCGAUAUCAGCCUCGGGCAACUGUUUGUGUGGAGUUUGCACAUUCUCCCUGUGUCUGCAUGGGUUUCUUCCCACAGUCCAAAUAUGUGCAGGUGAAUUGUUCAGCAGUGCAUAGGGAUGUGCAUGCUGGAUGGGUUAGCCAUAGUAAUCGCAGAGUUGUAGGGAUAGUGCCUGAAACUGAGUGCAAUGCUGGACAGACGACGGGUACAGGCCUGAUGGGCUGAAUGACUUCUUUCCAAACUGUAGGAACUCUAUGGCUGUUGCUGAUGUCCAGAAUCUCUCUGUCGCUCUCUCUCUCUUUCUCUAUUCCUCCAGUUUUUCUGGAUGAAAUGCAGUCCAUCACAACCAGGUUUGUUUAUUCGGCUGAGAGAGGUCUGAUGUGUGUCAACAUCGAUAAUGGGGUAACCCAUUUGCCUCUCCAACUCGGUAAGCUGAUCAGCCUUUGUAUCCAUGUCAUACAACCAUAUAGCAUGGAAACAGACCCUUCCGCCCAACUCAUCCAUGCCUACCUUUUGAAACCUUUAGACUUAAGACCUGUACUUCUACAUACAACCAUAAGAACUAUAUUUAUGCUACUUUGAAGAUGCAGCAGUUCUGUAACUUUAAGGUUUUUUUUUCUUGUAAAAUGACUCUCCUGCAGUCGGGUUUCCAAGACAUUUAAAUAAGCCCAGCUCAGUAAUAAAGAUGGAGAGAAACCUCA